CUGCACGGCCUACUGCUGCGCGACAGCGGCCUGGCCGCCAAGGUCGACUUCAUGUCGGGUUUCACGGCCCUGCAUUGGGCCGCCAAGAGCGGCGACCGCGAGAUGGCGCUGCAGCUGGUGGAGGUGGCGCGGCGAGGGGGCGCGCCCGUGGACGUGAACGCGCGCUCGCACGGCGGCUACACGCCCUUGCACCUGGCGGCGCUGCACGGCCGCGAAGACGUCGCGGUGCUGCUGGUGGGCCUGGGAGCCCAGGUGCACGCGCGUGACCACAGCGGGCGGCGGGCCUACCACUACCUGCCGCAGGGCUCCUCCUAUGCGCUGCGCCGCCUGCUCGGCGACCCUGGCCUGCAAGGCUCUACCGAUCUUGAUGCGAUCGGCGGUGUCAACGGCAGCCUUGCGGCCCGGCGCCCGGUGCAGGUGGCCGCCACCAUCCUCAGUUCCACCACCAGCGCGUUUCUAGGCGUCCUGGCUGAGGACCUGAUGCUCCAGGACCUGGCUCGAGGCUUGAGGAAGUCAGGCUCCUUAAGCAAGUUCUUGGGUGCCUCGCCCAUAGCUCCUCGUAAAAAGACGAAGGCCCGCAGUGGCCUGCCUGCCUUUUCAGAAAUCUCUCGUCGAUCCACUCCGGGACCCUUCGCUGGCCUGAUGCCCACCCUGCCCCCCACAACCUGAUAACCCCCGAGGCUACGGCUCUGUUGAUCUAAUCGGUCUAAGCUUGCGCAUGACGGCGGCCCAACACUUUCGGCUCCAUCCAGUUUCCAGCUUUGUCCCCUGCAGUGUUUUACCCAGGUGGGCCUACGCCUCCCGCUUCUAUCUGUAGCUUGAACUGGCUCCGAAGGUGGGCGUCAAGAUCUCAGUGAUCUUGAAGAAUGCCAGAAGUCAGGCUUAAACUCUGGGUGACUUGAAAUUUAGGACCAAAGGUUAAGGGGCAGCAGCUGGUCUGACCCCUGAAUGAGUUAAUCUAGUGCCUCUGCAUCUAUACACGCCCAAGCCAGAACCAGCUGCAAGGGUCUUUUUCAGUGUUGCGUGAGGUUGGGUGGUUUGUCAGCUUUAAGAUACUAGUGGUUUUGUAAUUUGAUGCUUUUAUCCCGUUUUUAAACUGAAAUGAGGGAAAACAACUUUCAUAAUAACCUUUUGAAAUGAUAUUUUUCCAUUUUGAGGCAAAACGCUUACACACUUCUGACCUUUGGUAAAGAUUUUGGAAUUCUAUUCAAAAACAUAAUAAUCAAGAUCUAAAGGAAAUUAGUCCCAGCCAACAAAACCCCUAAACGUUUAUCUACCUCGUUUUAGGCAAUCAAGAGUCCAGAGAGUCUUGAAUACAGAAAAUGACCAUUAUAAAUGUAAUUAAUUUCACUUGUACUACGAAUACUAAAUAUUAGGAAACAAGUGCAUCUGGGGAGUAAAGGUGAUUUAAUUAAACAAGAGAAAAGAGACAUUUGGACACAGACUUUUAAUUUGUGGUUAUCUUUAUUGUGAAAUAUAAACCUGUGUCUUUGGCACUGGGUGGCUAUUUUGAUUUUGCAUGAAUAUUUAAUUAAGUGUGAUCUAUGUGAAUUGCACUGCUGUACCAUGUUUCUGAAUCUGUGGUUUUUAAAAUCUGGCUGAGACUUUCAGUACAGUAGGUGAGGAUUCAAAGUUGGGCUGCCAUUCCAAAAAAAAAAAAAAAAGCCAUAACAUUAUA